AUGGACUCUCUGCUCAGGCACUACUUCUGGCUCUGGGUGGUCCUUGUGGUCCUCGUCCUCUCCUUCAUCAUCGUCCUGAUCUUCGUCUUCCUCAACCGCUUGAUUAGCCGACAAGGGAACCUCACGCUGGGACUGGAUAAAAAAUGGCCGUCCUCUAAGUUUCAAACAUAUCAGCAGAGUGUGGUCCAACAGAAUGUUCCGGGUGCAGAGACCGUGUCCCCGGCUCCUCCUCUCAGUAGCCAGUUCAAGAUCCAAGCUGUGGACCUCAGCUACGAGAACUUGUGUGAAGAACGAGACUACGUGGACCCAGACGAGGACCCAGAGAAGGACCCAGACUACGAGGACCCAGAGAAGGACCCAGACUACGAGGACCCAGACGAGGACCCUGAGAAGGACCCAGACUACGAGGACCCAGAGAAGGACCCAGACUACGAGGACCCAGACGAGGACCUGGAUCUGGAGAGACGCAGCUCUGUGCCCGAGUACCUGAAGCUGGAGACUGAAGCGUAUUCUUCUCACCAGCAGGAGGCGCAAGACAGCGACUACGACAUCACAGCAGCAGAGGGAGACGAUGGGGACUACGACGACGUGGGAUAG